AUGAGUCGCCAGUCCAGAUUAGACGCAGAGAAGUUGUCGAUCAUCAACAGCUCUAAGUCUAGAGGCAGAUCGGUGUCGCCUUCGCGGUCCACCAACAACUCGAGGUCGUCGUCAAUUCUGAACGAGGAGUUCAGCAAGGACCUCAAGUGGUCCAUCACAAACCACGACCCGCUGGAAAGACUCCGCACCAUCACCAAGACCAAGCACAACGACGACGACGAUGCCACUGAGUUGUGGGACAACGAAGUCAGCGAGGAAGAACACAUCUCCGACGACGACACCAACGAGAAGUUCCAGUACGACGACACCGGCAACAUCUUGCCCAACUACGCGUGCCGUGACGAGAAGAUCAAUGAGAUCUCCACCAUCUUGGAAAACUCCAACUUGACCGACCAGAGCACCAUCAAGAAGUUGGAGGAGUUGACCGCUAACGAACGCGCUUUUGCCGCCGCCAAGAACAUCGGCAGCGCCAUCGACAAGGACUCCUUGGACAAGUUGGCCAACGACAAGCACAAGCUCACCGGCCAGGAGGGCUUGGACUUAAGCAAGUCCGACCAGGACGUUCUCGCCAGAAAACAGAAGUUGGAGAACUACCAAGCAUACAGAAGAUUGAUCAUCGAAAAGAACCAAAACGCAUCUCAUAUCCCCUCCCCAGCAGACAAGUCCGACAAACCAGAAAAAUCGGACAAAAACGGAGAUGAAGUCGAGUCCGAUCCCGACUUCAUGAUCCCAUACACCUCCGCUGUGGAAGACAGAUUGGACAGCGAGUUCGCCUCUAUAUUGAACGAAACCAUCAGAGAAGGAGAAAUCGACUCCAACAGAAGUCAAUCCAGAGUCAUACAAACCAUCACUAGGGGUAACUUCUUUCAACUCAUUAACCCAAAAGUAAAGCCUAAGAUGUUCUUGGUUUGUAUGGACUUUUCUCCUGAGUCUAUUUUUGCAUUAGAAUGGUGUCUUGGUACGGUUUUGGUUGACGGCUCUGUGUUGUUCAUCAUUUAUGUCAUCGAGGAGAACGACAACCAUCAUUUGAAAACUCAUUCCGUAAAUGAAUCUAGUGCCGAGGCUUAUAGAUUAAACAUGCUUACUAAAGCCAAGCAACAGGUCCUCAAUUUACUCAAGUUGACCAAGCUUCAAAUCCAUAUUGUUAUUGAAAUUGUUCAUCAUCCUAUUCCAAGACACUUGAUCCUCGAAUUGAUUGACAACUUGAAGCCGACAUUGGUGGUUGUUGGUUCAAAGGGUCAAAGUGCGCUUAAGGGGGUAUUGUUGGGUUCUUUGUCCAAUUACUUGGUUACAAAAUCUUCAGUUCCCGUCAUGGUGGUUCGUGAAAAGUUGAAGAAGAUUAAUAGAUUCAAGUCUGGAUCCUCGGUCUUCUCAAACAACAUCAAACCUUUGACAUUAUCUGAGGCUAGAAUUGAUUAG